AUUUACCAGUCAUUGACCUUGACGAUAAAUGUUUACAUUUUUAUUUCAGAUAAAUUAUCGUAUUUAAUUAUCGUAUAAUUAAUAUCUUUAUCUUUUCUUCCUUCCAUUUCUCAUCUUCUUAAGUACACGUUUAUUUCAUUAAACUUUAUUCUGCUUGUAUAUUAAUUGUGUCAAUUAAUUGAAAUUUAGUGGAAGCCUUCGCAAGUUCACAGUUAUUAUCAAUAAUAGAUAUUAUCUUUAUUAAUAUGUGUUAUCUACCUCCGAAUAAUUUAGAUCCGGCUUCUUGACUGUCCAUUGGUGUAGAUAACGUUUAAAAAAAUAUUACCUAGUCAAAGAUCUAACUGCGACCGCGAAACAUGUCACUCGGCUCACUUAUAAAUUAUAUGAACCCAUUCAGAAUUUUUCAGCAGUAUGUGAGUUUGCCUGUGGAGGUUUUUAUUUCUAGACAAUAUACAGGUUAUAAGAAAAAAACUGAGGAAGGUUUAAGCAGUGUUAAGGAACUUCUAUUUAGAGCUGGUGUAAUUGCAGUAUUUUUUGCUGCUAUAGUAUGGCUUUCUAUAUUCAUGUAUGUUGUUUUUUAUUACACAUACAUGCCUAAUGUUACGCACGUGAGACCUGUUCAUUUACAAUUUAAAUCAUGCGACGAGGUCAUGGGCGUGUGUUCCUUUCCAUCAGCUCACGUCCAGCUGACGCGGCGCAGUCAAAUGCUCAUGUCUGGACAAUCGUACCGUAUCAAGUUGGUACUUGAUAUGCCUGAGUCACAGACCAACAAGGAUUUAGGCAUGUUCAUGGUGUGUGCUCAGAUGCGAGCCAAAGGUGGUGUUCUCGUGUCCUCCUCGUGCAGGGCAGCAAUGCUCAGGCAUAGGUCAAUACUGCAUUACAUAAUGAGGACGUUCACAUGGGCUCCCGUGUUCUUGACCGGUCUGGAUGAGGAGAAACAGCAGCUCCACGUCGAGUUGUUCAGCGACUUCGAGGACGACGAGAAUGUACCAAUAACGGACGCGUACGUAGAGCUGCAGAGCCGGUACGCGCAGGUGUACUCGUGCGAGCUGCACGUGGAGGCGCACUUCGCCGGCCUGCGCUACUAUAUGUACCACUGGCCGAAGAUAUCCGCGCUGAUUGGUAUAAGUUCGAACCUAUUCUUCGUAUCACUGGUGUUCAUACUAAGUUGGUAUCACCUGCAAGACGGAUUACCUGAAUUUAUAAAGAGUAAAUUAGUAACUGAAAUAAAGACUGAAAAAGAAGACGACGUGCCGCGAGGGGGGAAAAUUAAAUUGGAAAAAGAAGCUCCCAGUACGCCCGUAGAAUUGUCCGGGAUACAGUACAUCGUGCGGUACUCAACGGAGUACAUAUCGAGUACGGUGAUCGUGACAAAAAUACUGGAAUACACAUCGAUAGAACACUAUGUGGGUCGGCUCAAGUCGCUAGAAUUCCCCGCCAUUCUUCGAAGGAGACAUCCUUCUAGAAGAGUUACAGAAGAUUGAAGAACCAAAGAAGAAGAAGACUUAAGACUGCUUAUAUAUUUAUAUAGUUUUUUAUACCAAAGCUGUCAUAAUGGAAAAAAAUUAAGUUUAAAAAUAUCAAAAUAAUAUUUUUUGUUAAUAACGUUUUAUAUUUAUAAUACUUAUUUUUUAAAUAAUACUAUAAUUAAGU